ACAGAACAGCCCGUCGCGCGCCGCUGCGUUGAGCCAAGGCGCAAUGGCAACCUCCACCUCAGUUCCCGUCCUCCUGCUCCUCGCCGCCGCCGCCGGCCUCCUCCUGCUCCCCGGCUCGCUGGCGUGGCAGAGCAGCAACUGUGCACCGGGCGCGCCCGGCAGUGGCUCGCCGACGUGGCCUUCACCCGGCUCCGGCUCCGGCGGCGGCCACAGCAAGCCGCCCAAGCACCACCAUGGCAAGCCGCCCAAGUGCCCGCCGUGCAACCCUCCGUACGUGCCUCCGACGCCUCGGCCGUCACCGCCGUACGUGCCACCGUAUGUCCCGCCGACGCCUCGGCCGUCACCGCCCUACGUGCCACCAUACGUCCCCGUCCCGCCGACGCCUCGGCCCUCACCGCCGUACGUGCCACCAUACGUCCCCGUCCCCCCGACGCCUCGGCCCUCACCGCCCUACGUGCCACCAUACGUCCCCGUCCCGCCGACGCCUCGGCCGUCACCGCCGUACGUACCCCCGACGCCACGGCCGCCGACUCCGCCCUACGUUCCACCGACGCCGCCCUACGUCCCACCGACGCCUCGGCCAUCACCACCACCGUACGUGCCACCCUACGUCCCCCCGACGCCUCGGCCAUCACCACCCUACGUGCCACCGUACGUUCCGCCGACGCCGCCGGCGGUGCGGACGUGCCCGAUCGACACGCUGAAGCUGAACGCGUGCGUGGACGUGCUGAGCGGGCUGAUCCACCUGGUGAUCGGGCAGGAGGCCAGGUCCAAGUGCUGCCCGCUGGUGCAGGGGGUGGCGGACCUGGACGCGGCGCUGUGCCUCUGCACCACCAUCCGCGCGCGCCUGCUCAACAUCAACAUCUACCUCCCCAUCGCGCUCAACCUGCUCAUCACCUGCGGCAAGCACGCGCCGUCGGGCUUCCAGUGCCCGCCGCUCUACGACUGAUGAACACCACCACCAGCCAACACUUCUAUACGCGCCGCCAUGCAUGCAUGAUGUGAUGGCAUCCUGUGCAAGCUAGCGCUAGCUAGUAGUAGCAUGUCUACCAUUUGCUCCGUGAUUUCUCUAGUUCUUGCUCUCGCGAGUAUGCGUACGUAAUGCGUUGCUUCUCGUCAGGACUCGGGAACUUUUCCAACUCCGAUGCUAAGCGUGUAGCUUGCUUAAUCAGUCGAUGUACCAUGUUAAUCAAGUGCUAGCCCUUUCUCUGCUCUGUCGUCGAAGUUCUUCGGUCUUCACUUCUUGAUCUGCAGAUGAUAUAUGAAAACGUUAUACGAAAUGGAAUAUAAUAUUCUAUCUUGUUGACAACGACUGACUCUGGCACUGCGAAGUGUUGCAUGCAGAACUUUUAUAUGAAUACCAAAGUUUUUUUUUUGCCUA